CUUUUUAUUCAUUUUUUUCCCUACACAUUUUGGUUUCUUCGCAAUUUCUAUGAAAGGGACGUUUAUUACUGAGAAAAUGGCGAUAGAAUUCAAAUCGGACAGAAACAUCGCGCACAACAAUUCAAGUGAUUUAAUUAAAGUCGAAAAGUGAAGUGAUAUUAUUUCUUGAAAUUUAUUUGCAUUUCGGAAAACAUUUAAAAUCGUUAGGCAUUAUUACACAAAGAGCAAGUUUUUGUUUUGGAAAAACUGAAAAACGAUGGAAAUAGCAAUUAAACCAGUAAAUUCCCCUGAAAAAUUAACUGAAUCCCCAAGAAUCCAAGAUGAGGUGGUUGUAAUUCCACCAGCUGAGGGAGCUCCCAAAGGACCUAUGGUUAGUCCACCCGGUCAGCAGAAGCAGCAGCAGCAACAACCACAGCAAAAGACAAAACGAAAGCAUAGACGCGGCAAACCCAAAGCAAAAAAUGCCAAUAAACCGUACAAGAAAACCAAUUGGAGAUUUCAAAUGCCACGACUCAACUAUAGUAAAUGUGCUUCGGCCGGCGGUAGUGGUGGUUGUAAUCGCCGUGAAAAACUACAACGUUCACGCUCCUUAGUACCAUAUAAUACUAAUAAAUUUCUAAUGGAAGAACAUUUGGCAGAGGUGCCCAGUGCUCUGCUAACACCCACAGGCCGUACAAGAGAUUCUAGUUUUUCCAUGGACUCGGAAGAUAAUUAUUUUUUCUCUUUACCCGAAGAUGAAGAAGAAUUUCUAACGAAAGAAUUCGCUAAUGUUUACGAAAAAGCUAGAGUGGAGCGUUUAGAGAGUUUGAGUAAACAGGAACUAAUCGAGGAAUGUUUGCAAAUAGAAGAUCGUUAUUCCAAAGAUCAGGGUAAUCAGCGGCAACAGCAACUGAAUAUACAGCGCAUAGCACAAGAAUAUAUGGCGAAAAUAAGAGUACUGGAUGAUAAAGUUAAGGAGCUGUCAAGGGAGAAUCAUAAUUUACGCUGUCAAUUAAUGCGUUCAGCACCAUUUGCAGCCGCUGCUGCAGCCUCACCACCUUCAGCUGCAGCUCCAAUGGGUGCCGCCUGUCAACCUACCCCCAUGGAUUCAUCCAGUGAGGAUAGUGAAAGUGAUAGUUCAACAUCCAGUUCCUCAUCGUCCUCUUCAUCAUCGUCGAGCAAUGAUGAGCGCCAUCAACAGGUGCGACGUCGACGUAGUUGUUCUUCACACAGUUCUUUAAGUGAGUAUAAUGGCUAUAUAGAAAAUAACUAUAUGCACAAUAAUCUAGCAGAAGAACGACGAGGAGAUAAUGGUCUAGUAAAUAAUAAUGGCCAACCAACAGCAGCAGCAUCAUCACCACAAGUAGAAGAUGAUUAUGAACGUCGGCAAUUAUUGGAUGAUCAUAUGGAGGAUUACGACGAUAUUGAAGGUGAUGAUGAGUAUGAGGAAAAUUCUCCCAAAGUUAAUGGUUUUCAUAAGGAACAACAGCUGCAGCCACAAUUAAGUGUUAAUUUAUCACCAAAUGUAAAUAGAGCCAUUGAAAAUAAUGCUGGCAUUCAAAAUGUUGCUAAUAACGAUAAUAAUGGUGAUAAUAUUGUUGAUGUUGUAGUAGUGGAACGCUUACAAAAUCCUGCAAACUAGUUACUAUCUGCUCUGUAUUUCUCAUUUACAUAUUGUUAGAUGCAUACAUAUUAAACACCCACCCCAUUAGUGUUCCUCGAAAGCAACAAAAACCAUUUAAUCUUGACCCCCAAAACCCCCCUUCUCCCCAACAAAUUAUAUGUGAUUAAGAAAAGAAACAAACAACAAAAAAACUAACACUUUUUGAUAGAAAGAAAUUAAAUUUAAAUAAUAAAGUUGAAUAUUUCUUAGUUCACUAAUUUAUAUUUUAAUGUUUUUUUUUUCAUAUUUGAAAAUUUUAUUAAUAUAUUUUUUGUAUUUUUAAAAAAUAAUAUACAUAUAUAUUUUUAAUAACACUUUGUUAAAUACAUUUUUCAUGUUUUUUUUUUUAUUUAUAAAUAAGCUUUAAAUUUGUAUUAUUUGUAUUCUUCCAAUGCCGAUUCCUUUUUCAAAAUAAUUUUUCUUUAAAAUUAAAUUUGUCAUUCCGUUUGUAAUUUCUACAAUUUCAUUUUGCGAAUUCUAAAUCUAAGGGAAGUCGAUUUAGCAAAGUCCACCUGUUUGUUGAAAAUGGUUUUCUGAACGACCUAUUUGGCACAAUCUACAUACAUAUGUAUGUCUAUGGAUUAGUCUUCGGGCUAUUCUAUAAACUAGUCUAAAGGCUAUGCUAUAAAGUAGUGUAUUGUGUAGUCGAUAUACUAGUGUACUGUCUAGUUUAUAGACUGGUGUUGACUUUAUAGACUAUAGUCUUAAUAUUAAAUAUUUAUAAGAAAAAAUUUAAGUUUAAUAUCGAAAUAAAAAAGUACGAUUUUUAAUGCCGUUUUGUACAAUUUGAAAAUUCCAUCAUGGGUUUAUAUUAGGAAUUUUGCAUAUACAUAUGUAUAUGAUUUUGUUGAUUUUCAAUAGUAAACUUCUCGAAAGCAUGUCUGAUAAAAUUAUUGAGGUCUUCACAAUAUUGUUUUCAACAAACAAAGGCACGGGCAUCGCUAAAUCGACUUAUCUCUACUUUUUCCUCAUACAAAAGUAAAUUUAGAGAAUCCUAAAUAAAAGUCUCCUCCAAAAGUGUUACAUUUCUCUACCGAAUUACCGCAUAUGCAAGAGUAAGUUUUCGUAACAAAAGAUUUCUUGUUUGAUAUCGAAAAAGAUAAUGAAAAUUGCGGCUCUAGUAUGGAUUAUAGAAAGAUAUCACACGUUUUCUAUAAGACUGCCAUAACUUAAAAAACAACUUUUCGAUAAAAACGGCGAAAUUUUUAUUGCGGCAAUCUUGUUGUAAAUAAGCGAAUAAUCUUAAAAAUUUUAAGAAAAACUUAAUAGAUGAGUACUAGAUACUCAGUAAAAUACUACAUUUUUGUUGUAAAAUU